AUGGUUUCAGUGGAGGCCGAUUUUCCUCUUAUCACUCUUAAUGCAAGCAUUGAUUCUUCGCUAUCUAUCCAAGUGUGUGUGAAAGCGAACUUAUCAGCGUUCACAUCGUCGUCUAUUACGGGUUUCAAGGUUUACUUCACAAGAAAUUCUACCGUUCAUGGGGAGAAGUUGCAUCAAUGGCAACAUGUCGAAGUGCUUACAUCGGAACCACAAUACUGUGUUCGACUUGACUCCGAUGACUACGAUAUCAAACCUACUACUGUCUAUCAGAUACGAGCAUCGGUACUUGUGAACCAGGUGGAAAGUUCACCAUCAAAAAUCAUUCUUUUGGACACCAAAGAAGCCGGCUUUUUCAAUCACGAUGAACAUUUGAAUAGAUUCGAAUCAGCAUUUCUUAAUGUCUUCCUGACUAAGAAUUAUGUGGCCGAGUAUCGGGAAGUCACUGCAGGUGUCGAAGACGAAAACAAAUGGAGGAGUGUUGGAACUCAGUCGAACGCUGAAAACAGUGUAAUACUGUCGUCUUUGAUGCCGAACAAGACCUAUGAAGUGCGACUUCUUGACAACGACCAAGUAAUGAGCAGACGAUGGUCGAGGAUCGUCACUUUCACCACUAACAAUACUGUACAAUUGCCUGAAGUGACACUGGACCCGGAAAGAAUCGCAGUUGAUCCGGAUGUCUCAUUGCCUCUGGAAGUUCGAUGCGAUGCCGUGUCGACACCGUUGGCUAGUAUUCAUUGGUUGGUUGACGACAAGCCGCUAGAACCUGAUCAUUUGUUCUACACCAUUUCCAACGUGACAAUCACGGAACAGAUGGCAUCUCGUUCAAUUCGAAUGAAAUUCAGGACUAGGAACGCCAAUUUGACGUGCGUGGCGAGAAAUCCAGCAGGUCAGGUUUCCAAGUCUGUAAUGGUUCGCAUUCUUGGUCCCGGUAGUCCACCGUCUUCUGUCACUGUAAAAAAUGAACGAGGUGGUUACAUGGUUUCUUGGUUGCCGCCUCUGCAUCCAAAUGGCAAUGUUACAAAAUAUGUGGUCUAUCAUAGUUUCCAUAAGGACGAUCCGUUGUCAGAUUGGCAAAAAGUGGUGUUAGACAGCACUGAGAACAGUGUGAAAGUACUUUCGAAUGACGAGGACGGAUUCUACGUAAGAGUUCAAGCAGCUGCUGACAGUGGACCUGGUGUAAUUUCUGACAUCGUGGCCAUCGAAAAAGAUACGAUUCCGGUGACAGUUUCGGUACAGUACAUCGAUCCACCCGGACGAGAGCGUUUGUUGGUCGAACCUGAAGAAAAGAUAUCUGUCCGCUGCAUUGGCCGAGGUAAACCUCAACCUCAGUUGUUCUACGUGCUUACUGAUGUUGACGACAACCCAGAAGCUGAGGUAAGAGUUAAUGCAAUCUUAUUAAGGAUUCAUAGGCGAACGUGUGAACAAUGA